AUGGCCCGCCAUUGUCUGGCGGCCGCCGUCCUCCACAAUCGCUACAACGCAAGAGAGCUUUACACAAAGGCGCAUUCCCUGGGAACUAACUACCAGUUCGAUCCUCGCGAUGGCUGGCACACCGUGAAUGUCACAAACGCUAAACACAACUAUCGUCGUCAAGUCGAAGACACGCCAAUCGUUGAAACGCGUGAAACAAAGUAUGCAUCGUCCAAGAAGUCACACUCAAAACCAAAGUCGGUAUCCAAGCCGAAGGCAAAGCCCAAGGCCGCAAGUGGAGGUCGUUUCCCGUCGGUGUCAGCUGCUAUCAACAAAGCGCUGACAGCUAUAGGCAAAGUCAGCGAGGUGGUAAUUACAUGGUACACCGGACAUGACUUGGAGAAUCCAAGUUGCUGGGCGAACGGCGAUUGGACGCCUUCGGACCAAGCCUUUGUAGGAGCUGUUACGUUAGAGGGGUGGGCGGACCGACCAUCAUGCCUCAAAUUUGUCGAACUUUGUAACUCGCCCUCGAAAUGCGUAUUUGUUAGGAUCGUCGACACAUGCGCAGGGUGUACUAAAGGAUCGCAACAUGUUGAUCUGACGAAAGGAGCAUUUCAGCAACUGGCUUCCUUGGACGAUGGAAAGCUCAGCGUGAAAAUGCGACACGCAACUAAUCCAGCCACUGGCACAUGGCAAGGUGUUUCAUCUACCUUUUGA